GGCUCACUCUUCUAGCCAUACAAUCAUACAUUUCAUUUCAAUGAGCAAAUUGCACUCGUAAUUCAGAGUUUCUAACAUUUCAUUUCAAUUAUACAUCCAUAGAUAGGAAGAAAGAAACAAGUAUGAAAACACUUCACUCUCUCUCCAUGUUCCAGAUUCCAUGACAAUAGAAAAAUAUUAAAAAGAAAAAAAAAAGAAAAAGAAAAAAAGAAAAAAAUUAGACUAUUUCGAAAAAAUAAAGAUAAAGAUCGAUAAAGAAAAAUACAAACAAAUGGUACUUCCAAAUCUUCGCUUAAACUUUGGUCGCAUUUUCUGCAUUCCCCUAGCUGUUACCGUUGUUCUCUCUUCCGCUGUUCCGUUUCCUUCCUCCGCCGCCGCCACCGCAGCAUUCUCUCGCCACCGCCGUCUCGUCGCCUCCGCAUCGCCGAUGAAUCCGUCGUCGCAGUCUCAGUCCCCGCCUCCUCCGGUGGCAAAGAAGGUGGAGCAUGCGAUGGAAAUGUUCGGCGACGUGAGAAUCGACAACUACUAUUGGCUCCGUGACGAUUCCCGCACCGAUCCCGAAGUGCUCUCGUACCUCCGCCAGGAAAAUGCCUACACCGAUUCCAUCAUGUCCGGAACUAAGGAAUUUGAAGAUAAGCUUUUUGCUGAGAUAAGAGGAAGGAUUAAGGAGGAGGAUGUCUCUGCACCUUUACGCAAAGGGCCUUAUUACUAUUAUAAGAGAACUUUGGAAGGGAAGGAGUAUGUUCAAUAUUGCAGGCGCCUUAUAUCUGAUAACCAAAAGGUGCCAUCUGUGCAUGACAUCAUGCCCACAGGACCUGAAGCUCCUCCAGAGCAUGUUAUUUUGGAUGUGAAUGUUAAGGCACAACAUCACCUAUACUACAGUAUCGGUGCUUUUAAGGUUAGCCCAAAUAACAAGUUGGUAGCAUAUGCAGAAGACACCAAGGGAGAUGAAAUAUAUACUAUUUAUGUCAUUGAUGUUGAGACUCAAGCUACUAUUGGAGAGCCUCUUGUUGGUGUAACAUCAUACCUUGAAUGGGCUGGUGACAAUGCUUUCGUUUACAUCACAAUGGAUGAGAUUCUCAGGCCUGACAAGGCAUGGUUUCAUGUGCUGGGAACAGAACAAUCAAAGGAUACUUGUCUUUAUGUGGAAAAGGAUGAUAUGUUUUCUCUUGAUCUUCAAGCUUCUGAGAGCAAGAAAUAUUUGUUUGUUGCAUCAGAGAGUAAAAAUACAAGGUUCAAUUUUUAUCUGGAUGUUUCUAAGCCUGAAGAGGGUCUUAAAGUUCUGACACCACGUGUUGAUGGUAUUGACACAACUGUCAGCCAUCGUGGAGAUCAUUUCUUUAUUAAGAGGAGAAGUGAUCAGUUUUUCAAUUCAGAGGUUGUAGCUUGUGCUGUCAAUAACACCUCUUCAACUACAGUUCUUAUUCCUCACAGGGAAAGUGUUAAAAUUCAGGAGAUACAACUUUUUAGUGAUCAUCUAGUAGCAUAUGAGAGAGAAAAUGGUCUACCAAAAAUAAUAGUUUAUCACCUUCCACCAAUUGGUGAACCACUAAGGAGCCUUGAAAGUGGUCAGGCGGUCAGUUUUGUUGAUCCUGUAUACUCAGCAGAAUCCUCAGAUUCAGAGUUUUCAUCAAGUAUUUUACGGUUUUCGUAUAGCUCAUUGAGGACUCCUUCCUCAGUCUAUGAUUAUGAUAUGAAGGCAGGCAUUUCUGUUUUGAAGAAGAUUGACUCGGUUCUGGGAGGUUUUGAUGCAACACGUUAUGUCACCGAAAGGCAGUGGGCACCUUCUUCGGAUGGAACUUUGAUUCCCAUAUCAAUUGUUUACCGAAAAGAUCUUGUGAAACUAGAUGGAUCAGAUCCAUUACUACUCUAUGGAUAUGGAUCGUAUGAGAUAUGCAUAGAUCCUAGUUUCAAAUCAGCAAGGCUUUCAUUGUUAGAUCGGGGUUUUAUAUAUGCAAUAGCUCAUAUACGUGGCGGUGGUGAAAUGGGAAGGCAGUGGUAUGAAAAUGGGAAGCUGUUGAAGAAAAAGAACACUUUCACUGAUUUCAUUGCAUGUGCUGAGUAUUUGAUUGAAAAAAAAUUCUGUUCUAAGGAAAAACUGUGCAUCGAAGGAAGAAGUGCUGGUGGUUUGCUAAUUGGUGCAGUUCUUAAUAUGAGACCAGAUUUAUUCAAGGCUGCUGUUGCUGGAGUACCUUUUGUGGAUGUUGUAACAACAAUGCUUGAUCCAACUAUUCCUCUCACUACCUCAGAAUGGGAGGAAUGGGGUGAUCCUAGAAAGGAGGAAUUCUACUUCUACAUGAAAUCAUAUUCCCCCGUUGAUAACGUGAAGGCACAGAAUUAUCCACACAUUCUUGUUACAGCAGGAUUAAAUGACCCACGGGUUUUGUAUUCAGAACCUGCGAAGUUUGUGGCAAAACUGAGGGAUAUGAAGACUGAUGAUAACAUACUGCUGUUUAAAUGCGAGCUUGGUGCUGGACAUUUUUCCAAGUCGGGAAGAUUUGAGAAGCUCCAGGAAGAUGCCUUCACUUAUGCAUACAUCAUGAAGACUCUAAACAUGACUAGUCGGCUUUAGUCUUUCAAUGCGUGAGGCGCAGAUGCAAUUGAUAAUUGAGAAUUGAGAUAGACCAAUUAUUACAUUCAUGGCUUGAGUGAGAUCAUCUGCGUAAAUACCAUCAUCUUAGGAACUACAUUGCCAACAACUUCAGAAUAAAAUCUGAAAUUACCUUUGCAAUUCAGAAAGCAUGUCAUUGGUGCAAUUCUAUUAGUAAUAUCCUACUAAUGGAUGAUGUGGCAAUUAAGGAUGGUGCAUUUGUGUGUUUGGAUUUGGUAUCAUUGCUUAUCUUUUAAAAAAAUGUCUGAAUUAGUGUUAACCUGGAUUUGGGGUUAAUAAGGGAUGUUUGGUUUGGCUGUUUUUUGUUUUCAUUUUCACUGGAAAUAGAAAAUGGUAAUGAAAAUGUGUUUGGUUGGA